UGCUGGUUUUGCCAGUGCGCUAGAUGAUAAUAGCUCAAUGGGGCUGUUUUUGUCUCUCUUUGAGUACACCAUGCGCAAAGAUCCUGAACUGACACGGAUUACAAAAACAAUCCCACAGAAUGCACGCUAUACCAGCCCACAGAUACAAAACGAGAUUCUCGAAAUGAUGAGCAAACUCGUGACAGAGGAGAUAGUGAGACAAGUCGGCGAUAGCUGGUAUUCAAUUAAAGUGGUUGGCACACGGGAUCCUUUAAGCCAAGAAAACAUAUCUGUAGUUGUGCGUUUUGUUGACAAAAACUAUGGUCUGUGUGAGCGCCUCUUGGUAAUGGCCACAUCUGAGAAAAGUGAUGCAGAGGCUCUGACAGGUGUCAUCACUGAUGAGCUCACCAGCGCCGGACUCAGCACGGACAAAAUCCUGAGUCAAGUUUAUGAUGGCGCAUCACUCAUGUCUGGCAGGCAUGGUGGUGUGCAGAAAUUGCUCCAAAACAAGCUGGAUCGUAACAUACCAUAUAUUCACUGCUUUAAUCACCAACUUCAUCUGGUUGUGAUUCAUGCCAUGUCCAGUGAAGCAGCUGUCGAUGAUUUUUUUGGAGUAUGCAACAUGCUGUACAACUUCAUCAGGAAGCCAACCGUGGCUAUUCUGUACAAAGGCGAUACCCUGAAACGUCUCUUGAACCAGAGAUGGACUGGCCACUUGGCAACGGUCAAAGUUGUGGUGAAGAGUUUUCACGACAUAUCCACAUUACUGACCGAGGUGGAAAACACACGAGGCCUUGGAGCGGAGGUGCGCGUCGAGGCUACGGGGCUGCUUCGUGCCAUUACGCAGCGCAGUUUCCUUUUCAUUGCGCACCUUGUUAUGAAACUGUUGUCACUUUUCGAGCCGCCUAACAGACUACUACAGGCCGAAGAUAUGGACUUGUUCACUGCGGUGACACUUGUGAACAGCGCUUCUGACUGCGUGAAGACAAUGCGCGCAGAAAACGAGUUUUCUGCACUGUGGGAUCUCUGCGCUCCUCCAGCAUCGGCCACCGAGGCUGUGCCGGUGACCGACCCUGGUCCAAGCAAGAGAAGACGCACAAUUAAUGAGAACCUCCGCGGAUUUGCAGUUGAAGAAACAGUUGGUCAGCCACAAAGUGACAUAGAUGAAAAGACUGAGUUCAUGAGAUUGUUUUACAGUGUUGUCGAUGCUGUGCAAGGAGAGAUGAAUGCGCGUUUUGGAGAGCGCAGUAGCGAGCUCAUUGGCGCACUGGCUGCUUUGAACCCAGAGGCCGAGGAUAAUUUCCUGGACCCAUCAAAGGUAACCCCUCUCCUGGUAUUAGCUGGAACUGAUGUGGUUGAAUCUGAAUAUACUGUGGCUCGUUAGUGCCUGGUGAAGAAAAUGACUGACACCCCGGUUACCCCCGAAGAUGGAAAAUGGACAAUAGCCAACAUCCUCAGCACAUUCAACUGUGCACUCCAGGCUAUGUCGACUGUUUUCACAGCCUACACACUUGCCCUAACCUUAGGAGCUUCCACAGCAAUGUGUGAAAACUCAUUUUCCACGCUCAAAAGCGUCUUCUCAGAGCAUCGACGCAGUAUGCUGCACAGACGCAAGGCCCAGCUGAUUCAGCUUGCUUUUGAAAAGGACCUCACUCACAAGUUUAAGUCCUAGUGGAAGGAUACUUUGAUGAGGAGGUUCUGCUCGGAGAAACACCGCCUCCCGCUGUACUGAUAGGAGGGACUGGAGAGAGGACAGCGCUGCCUCCACUCAAAGUACCUGAAUUCUGUAGAAGCAGCCUUUAUUUUCAGACU